GUGUUCCAUCGUUCCGUCGUUGUCGUAUAACGUAUACUUUUCGUAUUGUGGUCGCAUUCUCUUGUUAAAAGAAGAGUGUUGUGGAAAUGUCAUCUAAGUUUAGCUUUUAAUAUUCACCUAUUUACAAUGUCUGACAAAAAGAGAUUUUUGAUUGCAGCUGUGGGCAUUUUUGUGUGUUACUUUUACUUCGGUAUUAUUCAGGAAAAGAUCACUCGUGGUAGGUACGGUGAUGACCCUCAAGAAGACGGCACGCGUGGAGAACAAUUCACGUUUACUUUAGCUCUGGUUGGUGUACAAUGCAUAUGCAACUGGUUAUUCGCCAAAGCUAUACUUGUGGUAAACCCACAGGCACAAGACACGACACCCAACAAGUACUACGCGAGCAGUGCAUUGACCUAUCUAUUAGCGAUGAUUAGCUCGAAUAUGGCACUACGCUGGGUAGCUUAUCCGAUGCAAGUUGUAGCAAAGUCGGCUAAACCCAUUCCAGUAAUGUUGCUUGGCGUAAUACUUGGUCGAAAAACAUACACGGUGCAAAAGUAUUUGUUUGUACUGCUAAUUGUUCUGGGAGUGGGUCUUUUUAUGUUCAAAGAGGGAAAAGUAACCGACAAACCGCUCGAACAGGAAGGCUUGGGUCAGCUGCUAUUGAUUAUGAGCUUGACUAUGGAUGGAUUAACUGGAGCUGUGCAAGAACGUAUGCGACAACACAGUUCACCUUCUGCUCAGCACAUGAUGCUAGCGAUGAAUGGCUGGAGUGCGCUGGUAGUAACUCCCGGACUACUGAUAUCUGGCGAAGGAAAGCAGUUCUUGGAGUUUGCAAUCAAGUAUCCACAAAUGUUAGUUCAUCUCGCGUCCCUUUCUCUGGCAGGAGCUCUUGGACAAUUAUUUAUUUUUAUGAUGGUUUCAUCGUACGGUGCUUUGGCAUGUUCAGUCGUCACUACUACGCGAAAAUUCUUUACCGUUCUUUGCUCAGUGGUUUUGUUUGGCAACAAUCUAACUGGUCGCCAAUGGCUUGGAGCGGGAUUUGUAUUUACCGGACUGUUUGCUGAUAUGUUUUACGGUAAAAAAGGAACCGUAGGAAGCGGGAAACCUGUGCAAAAACCUAAGAAUAAAGGAGAUACAGAGGAGCUUCUAAAAUAAAAAAUAAGUACAGCUUUCAAAUAAAAUGUAAAAUACGCAAAAACUCCAUUUGACCGCCGCUAUUGUGAACAUCUUAAAACGGAUUGUUUUAAUCUGAACCCCGCUAUUUUAAUUGCGUUCACAUCAAAAGGUGAUCAAACGUCAUACAUAAUUGAUGGAUAAAUUGACUGGACACAAUGAAAAAUGAAUUCGCCUAAGCUGAAUAAAGUGUCAUUCACAUUACCGAGAGUUCACGUAUUCCCGAGAUCAAAUUACACACAUUAUGAAGGGAUCGUGCCAAUUGCACAUUGUCAUCGGUCGUAGAUAGAUGUAUACCGCAGGAUGGUAAUCUGGUGCUACAAAACCAUUCACUAUCAUGAACACUUUAUAGCUGUGAAUACUUAUAAGAAGAAACAAAUCUCCUAAAAUCCAUUUAUAAAUUAAAUAAAUUUAACCUUAGUACAAAU